AACAAAAUGGCAGGCAAAGGAUUACAAAGAGCAAACGUGGUCCCUUGUUCAACACUGUACGUGCUUUUGUUUCAUUCAUUUUCAUUUUAUUUGGUCAUUCGAAUUGUAAUUUCAUUUUAAUUUAAAAUUAGUCAUUUAUUCACUUAUCUUCAGUCCGAUUUGCACCACCCCAGCUACUGCCAAAUUUGACUGACCGUCCCCCCUUAUUUCUAAGCGAUGCGGAGAAAAAGCGUCACUGCCGGUGUCGGCGGCAGCGGCAGCAACGAGCAAUACAAUUCAUACGACGCAACGUCUUCGCAGGGAUUUCUUGUUCGCAUGGUCAACAAGAUUCUGUUCCGCAAUGGGCCAAAUUCAAUAGUGAAUCGGUUGCUGCGUGGCGCUGGCAAGGGCAUUGACGGGGUGGACGUUAAAAACAGGCUGUUGACCGGAGGAAAAGACGGUGGUGCCGGCAGACAAUCGCGCAGCAGUAAGCGACAGUCGGCGGCAUUAUCUGCUGAUGCCCUGCUGUCAGAGGCACCUGCGAUCGGCACCGCGCCAUCGUUGCUCUCUGGGUUCACUGCGUUUUUACAAACCGAGCAUAGCCACGGACCAAGAAAGGGGCACUCUGGCUCGCCCGCUCAAAGCGAUGGUUCGCCCGGGAAAGGUCAGGCCGACGAAUGCGAUAUUAAACCGCCAAUUAUGUCAGUGGUCGAGUUUGAAGCUAUGCUUGCGCGCACGCCUGCAGAAAUGAUUGCAGAGGUCUUGGCUGAGCGCAAAGAGGAGUACAACGAGUAUCUGCGGCGACUCGAGACGGCCCGACGGCAGCUGGUGCAAAGGCUCAAGGAGGUCGACGACCGCAUCAUGUCGGCGGUCACUGAGCGCAAGGAGAUUGCAGACCGGCUGGCAGCCACAGAGGACAUGGGCGGAAAGCCAAAAAGUGGAUGCAGCAGCCCUGACUCCAAAUCAAACUCCAAAUCAAUCGGCGAUGACCAGGGGAACUCGCUUACAAUGACAGCACUUGUCGAGGACAUCAGCGACGAUGGUGAUGACGAUGAUGAUGCUGGCGUGUACGAGCAAGACGAUGUUCCCCGGCUGCGCAAGCUCGAUCACCUGUUCCGGGGACACUACGGCGCGGUGACGGCGCUCGACAGCGAUCCGGACAUGGGCCUGAUAGCCUCUGGGUCGCUGGACACUCAGGUGCGCGUGUGGGACUCGGACACUGGCGCGUGCAAGUACGUGAUCAGGGGUCACAACGACAUUAUCCGCGGAGUGCAGUUUUACGACCGCUUCCUGCUGACGGCAGCCAACGACCAUCGCGUGCGCAUGUGGGAUCUGUCGCUGCUGGACUCAGUGCAGCCGCAGCCGUCAACGAUGAUCAUGCGCGAGGAGUACAUGCCUUCAUCGAGGAGGCCCGCGGAUGAGUCAAAUGCAGACGAUGAGGACGAUAAUGAAAAUGAAAAUGAGAACGGGCCCACAAUGGCCAUGACUCUGCAGUCGACAACUCCCCCUAUGACCCCUACCAUUUGCAGGCCCGUACCGCCACUCGACCUGUGCUGUGAGAACGCGUUUAUAGGUCAUACCGACGCUGUGACAUGCUUCCAAGCAAAUAACGGCACGCUGAUCUCUGGUAGUGCCGACAAGACCGUGCGCGAAUGGGAUCUGACCACUGGGAUGCUGCGGCAGACUAUCGACAUCACCUGGGCCACGCGCGACUCGGCGCAAAGCGCAAGACUCGGCGGUGGAUCCCACGGCCCGCCGACAAUGCAGCACCGGAAGCCAUGGGGUAGAGCGCCUUUGUCAUUUUCCACCGGGGAUUUAUCGUCCAGCCCGUCUGCGCGCGGCACCGACUACGGUAACGGUGGGUUUAUCGGCGCCCUGCAGUUCUACGAUUUCGCCUUGGCGACGGGAUCAGCGGACGGUGCACUGCGACUCUGGGACCUGCGCACUGCCCAGCCACACCGGCAACUCUUCGGGCACUCACAGCCCAUUACAUCGCUUCGCUUCGAUGACCGCUCGGUUUUGACUGGGUCACUCGAUGGGCUUAUGAUUCUGUGGGAUCUUCGUACCGGACAGGCUCUGCAAAAGGUAGCGUUCGGCGGGCCUGUGUCUUCAGCACAGCUAGUCAUGGAGCAACGCAGUAGUGGUAGCGGUAAGCAGAGCAAGGCAGCACAUGCUUCUGAGUGCUGGGUCGCUGCUGCGGACAGCUCGCUUCAUCGUUACAAUGCAAACUCGAUGCAGCAUGUUCGGUACGCGUCGGACUAUGGUUUGAUGAACAGCAACCAGAGCAGGGAACGACUUGGAAAUGUGUCCUCGGGCACGUCGAUGGUGACUCGGAUCCAUUGCCAAGACAAGUCAUCGGUUGUCGUCAGUGGCGACUCUGAUGGCAUUGUCAAGCUGUGGAGCAUCUAGAGGGAGGGGGUUCAAAUGGAAUAUAAAUAACCUGGGCUAUUUGAUAAACAAAUAAUAAUGUUUUAUUUUUAUUUUAAAAAAGAAAUUAAUACUAUUUUAUAUUAAGAAA